AUGGAUAUAAGAAAGCAGUUUUAUCAUGUAGGAGCUUCUGCAGGACUGCUUUACGACCGCGGGUACAACAAGGAUAUAUACGGCUCACCUGGCACUGCCACUGUGGAGCCGAGCUUUAUGGAGAUUUUCUCAAUGGAGAUUCGAGCGCUGUCCUUCAGCUUGCAGAUGCGCUCAGCGGUCAGCAAUAUCGGCCCAGGCUUGGGGACCCCAGCAGGGCAAGGUACUCCCCCCACAACUAGGACCUACAACCAAACAAGCGGCACACCCGCUGGCACAAGGCCUGUUCCGAGCUUCCUGGAGCUAUGCAUCAACACCGGAAACUCGUGUCAGUCCCUCGGCGAGGUCGAAGUUACGCACAUCGCAAGCGAUACCAUGAUGUUCGCCUACAUAUGCAAACGCUACCGGGAGAUCCGCGGGUUCCGCGUGAAGAAGCAUUUCCUAAUGAAGCCCGUGAAGAUAAAGUACGUUUCAUUCGCUCUAGAAGGGAAACGGAAGGUCCACAUCUUCGACAGCGAGCGGGACAGCUUCCCCACGCAAGACGAGCUUAAUGCAAAGACAUGGCACUACCAACCUUGCCCACCAAAACCGCCGCCUCCCAUGCCUAGCUCCGCUUUUAUACACUACCUCACGAGCUGUAAGGCAGAUGUGAGGGUUGGACUGGGCCCGGGCUUUUGGCUUGCUCGACUGCCUAAGAAGAUGCACGAGUCUCUUGCCCGGUCUUCGGACCCUCUUCCCAUGGCUUGGGGCAUACACAUCAUCGAGGGUCCGGACAUGGUGGCGGUUUUUUGGACCAUGAUCUGUGUCUUGACAAUAUGUCUUACGCCGCUUGUCGCCUACUUGGUGGUCAAGAAGGAUGUUCAAGGCACUGCGGGCAUUGGGAGCUUGGCCGUAAGUGUUAUGACCUUGCUGUGGAUGUGUAUGAAGAUCUGUGAGUGGAAAGACGGAUGA